AUGAGAAAAUGGCUAUCUAUAAUAAUAUUAAUCGUGAUACAAAUUUGUACUAAGCAUAUAAAAACAAUUAGGAUUCGAAGAAAUAAUACAAUAAUAAUUAAUCAAAGAGAUGGAAAUAUAAUAGAAAAACGAUAUUAUCCAAAAUAUUUUAUAAAUAACCCAUUAGGAAUAAAAAAUAAAAGAAAAAAAAAAUUAUAUGAUUUCAAACUAUAUAGAGGUUGUGGAACAACCUGCUCAUAUGAAUGGGUAGAAAAUGAUGACAAUAUAGAAAUAAAAAUUCGGCUAUCUCCAAAUGUGUGUUCUAGUGAUAUACAAUAUAGAUUAACAGAUGAGUAUAUUUAUGCAAAAAUAAAAGAAAAACCCCAAAGCUUAAUAGAAGGUAAACUGAAAGGGUUUGUUGAUGUAAAUUAUUCUACUUGGUUUUUAGAAAAAUAUCAAAAUUAUAGUAUGUUAAAUAUAUUUUUAAAAAAAAAAUAUAAAGGUAUUAACGAAUGGGUAGGAGUAGUAGAAAAAGAAAAUAUAUUACACAUAUCAUAUGACAACUUAUCAUCUAAACAAAAUAAUUUGGAUUCUAACUGCUAUAAAAGUACAGAACCAAAUGAAUUAUUAUAUAGUCAGGUUUUUGAAGGGGGAAAAAUUGAUGAUAUAUAUAAUUUUUUAAUUAAUUGGGUAAAUAAAAAAUCCAACAAUCAAAAUGAAUUUGGCAUACCUAUACUGAAAUUAAAAACUACUAUUAAUACUAAUGACUAUGAUAUAGAAAUAUUAAUAUCGGGUUAUGAUAUAAAAUGGCUAGCUCAAGAUAGCUUGCUAUUAAAAUUAUGUUCAGGUAAAAAUGAAACCGAAUUAUUUAUACAUAGAGGUAAAAUAGCUACAGGUAUAAGCGGAAAAUUUGGAAAUAUGAUAAGUCAUCUUAUUAAAGAUUGUGAAGAAAAAAUUAUAAAAAAAUUACAACAUGAUAUAAAAGGUGUUUUUUAUCUAAAUCCAACUUCUAAAAAAAUUAAUCAAUUAAUGCAUGAACAUUCUCCUCAAAAUAGCUAUGACUAUAUAGUAGAAGAAACAGGAGAAAAAAAACAUAUUUCCACAAAUGAAGAAACGUUGACCAAAAAAUGUGAUGACCAUGGUCAUAAUAAUAUGAACAAGCUAGAAAAAAUUGGCAAUUGUGAUUACACACACAAUAAAGAAAUACGAAAAGAUAGUCCAGAGGAAGAACUUAUAGUAAAAGAAUUGAAAUUGAAUUCGAAGGUAAAACUUAGUUGUGAUGAUAAAUCAAAAGAACCUGAAUUCAUGAAAGAUUGGCCAGAAGAAAAAAAAAUAGAAUUUAGAAGAAACUCAAUAUUGGAACUAAAAAAAAAUUUAGAAUUAUCUCAAGAAAAUAAAUUAACACUAAAGUUAGAAGAUUAUAUUAAUUAUAUGAAAAUGUCUUUUGAUUUAACAGAAGAUGAAUCAAAAUUAAUUUGGAAAAAAGGAAGUCGUAAAUCGAACGAACAAAAAAAUCGAGAAAAAUAUUAUCGAUUUAUUGAAAUAGAAAAUUUAACAGAUAAAAUUAGUAUGUAUAACAAUGAAAAUAUUGAUUCAUUUUCAAAUUCAUAUAUGCCAGUGAGUGAGGAAAAAGAUGCCCACACAUUUGAUGAUUCAAAUUUUACAGAUGAUAGUAAUGAAAAUCGUGAUAAAGAAAAAGAGCAUGGAGAAAAUUAUACGGAUUUAACACCAAAUAUGGAUAGUAUCGAAAACAAAACCGACGAAAAUGUUAAUAAACGCUUUUAUACUUGUUUGGAAGCAGAAUUUCUUGACUCUGGAAAUAAAUCAAAAGUAACAAUAUAUGAUACAUAUAUAAAUAGCAAUGAUAAGGAGAAAAAAAAAAUGAGAGACAAAUGGAAAAAAAACGAACUAAGAUUAAAUACACUAAUAAAUGAACUAAAAUAUGCAGAUGAAGAAAUGGUUAGUGUUAUUUGUAAUAAUUAUCGAGAUGUUUUACUUAGUGAUGAAUAUGCAUGCUUAAUGAAAAUAAGAUUAAAAGAAAAUCCACCUCAAGAUAUUGAAAAUAAAAGAAUUUUACAAAUUGUUAACAGUUUUGUUAUGAGUUUAUAUGAUGAUAUUAAAAUAGUUAUGGAACACGAAGAAAAAGAACAUUUAAAAAAAAUUCAUCUUAUUUGUGAAAAAGCUAUACAUGAUGAAAAUGGCUUAAAUGAUUUUAUUGAAUCUAUGAAACCUUUAUUAGAUUAUUCUUUUCUUGGUUAUAUUAAACAUGCUAUACAAAUUGAAAAAAAAAAUAUAAAAGCGCAAAAUUUAGAUUUUAGAGAACAUCCUUCUGACUGGUUAAUAAUUUUAAUGAUUAUACAAAAAGGCAUAUAUUCAAUUUUAGAAAAAGAUAUAUGGCAAGAUGUUAUUAAUAUUAGUGUAAUAAUUGGUCAUGAACAACCAAGUGUGAGAAAAACAAUUUUAACAACUAUGGUGGCUUCUAUGCCAAAAGCCGAUUGGAUAUUUUUUAAAGAUAUUAUUAAAACGUUAUUUAAAAGUGUUCAGGAAAAAAAAUUAACAGCUAACCAUUUUCCAAAUUUCCCACAUAUUAUAGAAGCUAUUUUUCAAUUAAAUUAUGACAUUGAACAAAUUUUACCUGACUGGUUCAUAAAAGAAAUGCUCGAUGAAUAUGACAAAUCAGUUGUAGAAUUAAUGAUAUCAAAAAAACCUCUCUUCUGGAAAAUGAAGGAAACGAAAUGGGACAAAAAUUUUAUCCAGAAUUUUAAAAAAAUGCAAAUACAAAAAUACAAAGAAUAUGAAAGCCAUCGAAUUUAA